UUCUAAAUUUAGAAUUUUAUCUAUUUUUUAAUCUUUUAAACAAAUGUUUGAGUGGUUUUUACGUUAUACGAUAUGCACUCGAUCUCCCUCCUCCCCUCUUAUAAGACGGAUCAAUAAUUCAAAAUAUAUUUUAAACUUGGGAUAUUUACUAUUUUUUUCUUUUUUUUCUUUUUUCCUGUGUUUUUUUCUCUUCCUUUUUUUUUUUUAAAUGGUGGACAGUUAAUAAAGUAAGUUACACCUCCGUCGCUCUUAAGAGAAGAAGCAGAAUGGAAAAAUACUCCCCCAAUCAAUAAGUCACAGCGUCACGUGACAUUCAGUAGACCAAUGAGGGGGAAUACGGUUAUCAAGCAAGACAGCACGUGUGGUGAGAGCAGUAAAGCAACCCAACUGUUUCUAAGAAGAUAGUCAACGAUUUUCACUCAGUGAAUUGAUCAUGUACAAACCACCAAUAAUACAUUUAAUUUUCCUCCUUAUCUUCACUUCAAAGCGAAUAUACGGUACAGAAAGUCCAGUAAUAGAAGAGGAUAUGGAGCAUCAACUUGUUGAUCCGGAAGGAUGCCCACGUGAUCGUGAAGAAGCAGCAUCAACUGGAAGACAAUGUCUCCGAAAGUGUCAGUCAGACGGUGAAUGUAUUAGUUCGAGGAAGCGUUGUUUAUGUGAUGGAUUAUGUGGAUGGAGCUGCGUACGACCCGAUUUACAUUGCGAUGAAUUAACUGCUAUCGAAAAUGGACAGUUUAAAGUAACAGGAGAUCACUUUGGUGCCAGAGUUCAUUACACGUGUGACGAAGCAUUUUGGAUGUCUGGUUCGAAAGAACGUGUGUGUCAAGGUGAUGGCUCUUGGAGCGACCGUUCUCCAGAAUGCAGAAGGAAAGGUAUUUAA